AUGCCCAAAGUCGGAAAGCCAAAGUCGAAGCGGAUACCAGUGCGUCUCCGACACAAGAUCGAAAAAUCGUCCGCAGCCAAACAGCGCAAGCAGCGCAAGGAUGGCAAGAAGAAUCCACAAUGGACGAGUCGACUGAAGAAGGACCCUGGCAUUCCCAACCUGUUCCCUUUCAAGGACAAGAUUCUGGCCGAAGUGGAGGAGUCGAAGCGACGCAAGGAGGAGGAACUGGUGCGCCGGCGCCAAAUUGCCAAGGCACAGCGCGAGGGCAGGACACUGGCGGAGGUUGCGGGCGAGGAGGCUGCUGCGAAGGGACAACAAGAUGGCGACGACGAGCUUAUGGAUCCGAUGGACGACGGGGAGGAUGUAGACGCCGACGGAGACGAGGCAAUGGAUGAUGACAGCUCAAAUCCCAUGGCUGCUUUAGUGGCAUCCGCACAGGCGAGAGCAAUGGAGCAAUCGGCAGAUGCGGAUGAAGAGGAGGAUGAGGACGAAGACGAAGAGGCAGACGAUAAUGAUCUGCUUUCCAAGGGACCGACAAAACAGAAGCCAGCUACGAGAAAAGCGCCGGUCGCACCCGUUCGCAAGACGCUGCCCAAGCAGGCACUCGAAGACCCCGUCAAGGCCGUCACAACUCUCGUUACACGUCUCCAAGCUCGAACAACCGAACCAAACCCAGCGAUAAAGGUUGUAGUAGACUACUACGCCAUCCCUGCACUACCCGAGCUCCCACCCACCGAACCAGCAGCGCCUGUAACUUCAAAGAAGCCGGCAGGGAAAUCGCCCGCAGACCGCGCUCUGGAGAAUUGGACAACGCGUUUCCUGGUCGAGGUGGCCCGUAAACGAGGUCGCCUCGGAAAGGGUGGCAUUCCCAACCUCAAUGCUGCCGCUCUCACCGUACUGGGAGACAUCAACGAGGGCAGACUUGUGAUACCUGCUGCUCCGAAAGAGGUGAGGAAGAAUGUCAGCGCGGGUGACUCCACGGUCACAAUUGUUGAGACCAUGGCCGAGCCAUUCCGGAUCGAGGGACUGUUUGGUGAUAGCUAUGGCAAGUGA